GGAACCCGUGUGGGAUUCCGAAUAACACAGCCGCGAAAGACAACCACGGUCCGCUAAUUAUGACGUUUCCUAUUCCAAGGUGGUAAAGGACAGCGCACAACGAAAACUCGGCAGAAUUUGGCACAUGUUCGUAGUCGUUUAAAGUUAAACGGUACGCAGUUAUUGUCAGUGGGCUCCGAAUGGUCUUUCAUUGCAUCGGAUUAAAACUGGACAUAAGGAAGCAUAUCCAACGUCGCCAUUUUUGGGAAGCAUCGCUUUCCCGUCCGCGGAUGACUUGAAAAGAUACCCAACUGUAAACUGCAAGAAGAGGAUGGCGGCUGCGCCACUGCAUCAAAAACCGACAUCAAUGUGAAAGGAUAUCACCACAUGGGCUAAGGAACACUUCAGAAAACCAAUGUCAGUAAAUACAGUUCGGCGCUACAUCCGUGUUGUACAGCAGAACCAGGCUGGCAACCUAUCUCCCCGGGCUUAAUGCUUUGGUACAGCAUAUUGCCAGCACCAUGGGCUUUGCUACUAGUGGAUCUGAUGGCUCUGUGGCAAUGGCCACCUCCAUAAAUGGACCACUUACAUUGCGGCAUGAUGAGAACAAGGAACCUUUUGGUGUCAAGGACCAGCUCUACUUUAUGCCCGGUAAUAUGGGGUUUGAAUGUCAUUUGCAGGGUUCGGAACGAAAGACAAGACUGAUCAAAAAGAUGGUCCCUGAUCUGCUGCCGACCCCAUCGAGCCCUGAGAAAUGUAUGUCUGGACUGCUUAUCAAAGAAUUUUUCGAUGACCCAACCACAAAUCACAAUACCAAUAAAGAAAUGAAUAUAGAAUCUGUGGAGUGUCUCAUCCAGUCAUGCCCUGAAAAACUAAAGCAAGAUCUGAAAUACCUGUUUCCUGAGGCUCCAAGCUGUCAUGUGACUGUGGUCACAGUGACUCAAAAGACAAAGAACGAUAUGACAGCAUGGUGUUCUGCUGUGGAAGAAGAGAGAGAUCACAUGCUUGACAAGAUGAGGCACGGUGGCCGACUGGUUGGCACAUCUGCCUCACAGGUCGGAGGGCCUAUGUGGAGUUUGCUUGCUCUCCCCGUGUCUCCAGUUUCCUCCCACUUUCCCAAAACAUGCAUGUUUGUAGAUGGAGCGAAAGAGAUCUGCUUAAUUCUGCAAAGAGAGGGAUUCUGGGCAGACUUCAUAGAUCCGUCCUCAGGCCUGGCGUUUUUUGGUCCUUUCACAAACAACACAUUGUUCGAGACAGACGACAGAUACCGUCUUCUGGGCUUUCAGAUUGAAGACCUGGGUUGCUGUAAAGUUAUUCGACAUCCUUUGUGGGGGGCACAUGCCUUUGUGGGGAUAAUAUUUACCAAUGCACCACCCGGUAGCCUUGUCAUGGAGAAUUUUCAGGGCUUUUAAACACAAACCCAUUUGCUGGCUUGCAAUCCAAAUGUUCUUAGCUAUAAAUAUAUCUCAAGUCUACAUGUUGGCAGGAUUAAUUAGUGGACUGUUUGGAAUGCAAUGAAAAAUACAAGAAGUCUGUCUUUCCUACUGUUUCACAAUAAAAUCUCAAACCAAAAAAAGUAUUUUCCCUUA